AUGGGGGCGGUGCCGCCGAUGGUCGGCGCCGAUCCACUUCCGCCCGCUGGCUCCCCGAGGGAGGAACCGGAAACUGCACCUGCACUUGCACCCGCUGUCGUUGCACCUGCUCCACCGCCUCCUCCUAAUCCUACUCCUCCUGCUCCUGAUGCCUGUGAUGGCGCUGAUGAUGAUGAUGCUGAUGCGAUGAGUGGUCCACCUGCUGCGCUGAUGGACAGUCGUCCGCGAUUAGUGGCCGCUAUUCCCACGCCUCCUCCACCCAAACCCUGGCCAUUAAAAUGGAGGUCCUGCCAAGCCAAUGCCGCCGCCAACGCCGCCUCCUACGGACACCUUGCGCUGUGGCAAAUUAAUGUCGAGCACCGUGCUGGCGCUCCGCUGUCGCACCGCUGCCACGCCUCCCGCACCACCUGGCACGCCCACAGCCGCAGCCGCUCCCGCCACACCGCCGACGCCCCCGCCCGCUCCGACAAACUGCUGCUGGCCACUCCUGGCCGGUGA